CUCUCUCUCUGUCUGUGCCUGUCUGUGUGUGUGUAGCGGGCAGGUCCAGGAGUGAGAGAGGCUGGGUGGCUGGGUGGGUGGGUGAGUGGGUGAGUAGCACAAUGCCCGAGUGAUGGGCUGUGGGACGAGUAAAGUGCUGCCAGAGCCACCGAGGAGCUGCUACGUGGAUUUUGUCAAGUCGGUGGUGGGCUGCAAGACUAAAGUGUGUGAUGGGGGCCCGCAGAAAGCGGAGUCCAUGGGACCGGCCGGUGGUGGGCAAAGCGACGCCAGCUGCCCCGAUGGAGCAAGGAGAACCAAGGUGGCCAAGUAUCGAGCCAAGUUUGAUCCCAAAGUCACAGCCAGGUAUGAAAUCAAGGCCCUUAUCGGAAGAGGAAGCUUCAGCAGGGUGGUCAGAGUUGAACAUCGAGCCACCAAGCAGCCCUUUGCCAUCAAGAUGAUUGAAACCAAGGCUAAAGAAGGAAAGGAGGUUUGCGAGUCGGAGCUCAACGUGCUUCGAAGGGUGAGCCACCAUAACAUUAUCCAGCUGAUGGAGGUGUUUGAGACCCAGGAUCGCAUUUACAUGGUGAUGGAGCUGGCCACCGGGGGAGAGCUUUUUGAUCGCGUCAUCGCCAAAGGUUCAUUUACGGAAAGGGAUGCCACUCGGGUGCUGCAGAUGGUUUUGGACGGGAUCAGAUACUUGCACACUUUGGGGAUUACACAUCGAGACUUGAAGCCAGAAAAUCUGCUUUACUAUCACCCGGGAUCGGACUCCAAGAUCCUCAUCACUGACUUUGGGCUCGCCAAUUCUGGGAACAAAGGUGGAGACUGGUCGAUGAGGACCACCUGCGGCACGCCAGAGUACAUUGCACCCGAGAUCCUGCUGAGAAAACCAUACACCAACGCGGUCGAUAUGUGGGCUUUGGGUGUGAUCUCUUAUAUUCUGCUGAGCGGAACUAUGCCAUUUGAAGAUGAAAACAGGACAAGGCUUUACAGGAUGAUCCUCAAGUGCAACUACAGUUAUGUAGGUGAGCCUUGGCCGAACGUGUCCAAUCUCGCCAAGGACUUCAUUGACCGGCUGAUCACGAUUGACCCCAACGAGCGGAUGGCAGCAGCUCAAGCCUUGAAGCAUCCCUGGGUGGUGACUAUGGCCGCAUCUUCCUCCAUGAAAAACCUCCAUCGCUCCAUCUCCCAGAACUUGAUGAGGAGGACCUCUUCCCGCUGUCAAAGCUCGAAGUCUGCAGAGACCGUCAAGUCCAGCCGCUCCAGCAAGUCACGCCGUUUACGUGAGAAGGAGAUUCGGGAGUUUAACCUUUGGUACCAGCACCACAUGGAGCAGGACUAAUUAGAUGACGUCCAUUUUCGUUUUAAGUUAACGCAAAUGUUCUCCCGGUAAAUAAAUCGAAAUGAAAAGUCUAGACUUUCAUUAGUUGGUUACCACUUAAAAUGAUUUAAGUGAUGAUAUUAUAUAUAGCCUCAAGACUGCAACUGUGAUUUUCUAUUGGACUUUUUUAAUAUCAAAGUAAAUUGACUCAUCAGUGUUUAACAUUUCCAUCUAAUCAGCAUUUAAUCAGCAAUAAAGACUAUUGUAUAUAUUUAU